UUACAGUAAAAUUUACACUAGACGAGAGAACGUUUACUCGAUCGAUGAAGAAAAAGGGGAUGAAUGUACUCCCAUCGGCUGCGUCACAAUUAUUCGCGUCGGAAGCCUCAUAAAGAUAUGAUCCAAAUAAAAGAUCGUUGUCAGUAUUUUAAUGUAAAUAGAAUUUUAUUACUCAUAGUCGGCUUAUGGCCUUACCAACAAUCUAGCUUUACUACAUUUCAGCAGAUUUUUGUUACUACUACAUUUAUAACGUUUAUUCUAUUUCAGGUAAGAGAAUGCUAAAUAAUACGUUGUAUCUAUUUUAUUUUAAGCUACUAAAUGGCAAAUUGUCACUGUGCAGUUAUCUUACUUUAUUACAAUAAUGGUUGUAUUAAAUAUAUUGUAACAAGUAUUAAUCAAAUUUCUGAGUAAAAAUUAAAUAAAACUGUCUGUUAGCAGCUGACAUCAUUUCUAACGUCAAGAUGUACUUCGGAAUUUCUCAUGAAGGUUUUAUCUUCCGCAACUUUCUUCGGUGUAUUCAUGAUAAAAUAUAACUCGUUUUGUUUUAAUAUCGAAGGUGUAAGUCAAAGUAUUCGGUGAACGGGAUGAUCUUUUCCAAAUGAAGGAUUUAUUGAUUCAACUUCAACACGUACACAAUAAUAUAAAAGAUAAAAAUGAAAUUGCUAUUAUAAAAAAGUAUCACUGUAUUGCGAAACGUUAUGUAACUGGACUGAUAGCAGUACUAUUUUGCGGAACGUUUGCGAUGAUUAUAGUACAAUUUUGGACGAAUAUGGUUGGUGUUGAUUUAUCGACAAACGCAUCUAAAAAGUACCAUUUUAUAUUUAUAACAGAGUAUUUCAUUGAUCAAGAAAAAUAUAUUGGUUUGAUUUAUUUACACGUUAACGCAGCUUUUUGCAUUGGUUUGAUUGCUAUGAUAGCAAUUGGUGCAAUACUUAUUGCAUAUAUUCAGCAUAUUUGUGGAAUGUUUAGAAUUGCUAGUUAUCGUAUCGAAUAUGUAAUAAAUAUCAACAUUCUACAGAAUGUCACUCAAAAACAUAAAAUCUGGAUGGCUGAGAACAUCGGUUACGCCGUAGACAUUCAUCGGCAAGCUAUGAAAUUAAUGAAACAAUUAAUGUCAAUCUUGGAGAUAAUGAUGUUUUGUUUAAUAGUAUGUGGCAUAGCUUCUUUGAGCCUCAACUUGUUUCAAUUAGUAUUAUUCAGAAAUGAUAUUGGGAGUAUUAUAAUGCCAUUUGUAUUUGUGACAGUAUGUAUGUUAUAUAUGUUUUUAGCCAAUCUUAUGGGACAGAAUAUAAUUGAUCACAAUCAUUAUGUACUCAAUACUGCGUACAACGUUCAGUGGUAUAAAUCUUCUUUGCACAUGCAAAAAAUGAUAUUAUUCUUGUUGCAAAGAGGAACCAAGGAAUUUACUUUAAAUGUUGCUGGACUAUUUGAUGCAUCUAUGGAGUGUUUUGCUACGCUAUUUAAAGCCUCGGUGUCAUAUUUUACUGUUAUAUAUUCAAUGCGAUGAUAAAACAAAUAUGAAUUUAUUACAUCGUGGUAAAGGAAGAAUUAAGGAAAUAGCAAAAUGUCCAUGUUUAUAUAGAAAAAUUUAUUUUUGUGCAAGUAUAGCAUAUCGUUAUGAGAUAUUAUAAAAGUGUACAAAACUAAAGUUAUCCAAAUCAAAAUGUUAAUAUUUUAUGUUUUUAUAAUAAAUUAAAAUUAGUCCUUAUAUUGUCUGUAAUCUUAAUAUAAACAAUGCAUAUGUGA